CUAAGAUAGCAUAAAGCUAUGAACAAACUUAAAAAGUCCUUUUCCUUCGGUGGAGGGGAAACCAUGGAGUUGACCUGUUCAGAGGCUGCUGAUUGGUUUGUGAAAAAUGUUCUAUCCAAGAACCUGGAAUCAGAUAAUGUAUGGUUCCCGGAGCAUAGAAUCCGGCUUGGGACUAAACCUGAGGGUCCUAAACUGUCUAAACAAAGACUGGAAGAAAGAGGAAACCAAAUUCCAGAACCGGAAGAUAAAAUACUCUUCAAUACUUAUUUAACAGAUAUGAAGGGAAAUGAGUGUGAAAAAGCAGUAUGGGACUAUAUAAUAAGGACCCCAAGUAAUGUUAGAUGUGCAACUUUUAUGAGUUACGAUAACAAAAUGUUCCUGCAAUUCACUGGAGCCUCUGAUACAACAGAAACUGAAGCUCCUGAUGUUCAGAAUCCAGAUGCUGAGAAAACUGAAGCUCAUUAUGCUGAGAAAGAUGAAGCUCCAGAUGCUGAGAAAGCUGAAGCUCCUGAUGCUAAAAAAGCUGAAGCUGAGAAAGCUCAAGCUUCAGAUACUGAGAAAGUUGAAGCUCCAGAUCCUGAGAAAGUUGAAGCUCCAUAUACUGAGAAAGCUAAAGCUCCAGAUGCUGAGAAAGCUAAAGCUUCAGAUGCUGAGAAAACUCAAGCCUCAGAGCCUGAGAAAGCUGAAGCUUCUGAUGCUGAGAAAGCUCCAGAUACUGAGAAAGCUAAAGCUCCAGAUGCUGAGAAAGCUAAAGCUCCUUAUGCUGAGAAAGCUGAAGCUCCUUAUGCUGAGAAAGCUAAAGCUCCAGAUGAUGAGAAAUCUAAAGCUCCAAAUGCUGAAAAAGCUGAAGAUUCUGAUGUCAGCACAACUUCCAACAAAUCAACGCAAACACAAGAUGAAGAUUUAAAGAAAGUUCCCAAAAUCAAAGCAAAAAAAUCAGCAAACACACAAGCUCAAAGAGCCAACAAAUCUUCCAAAGCUAUGGCCAACAAAUGUACAAAAGAUGAAGAUUAUGGUGACAACAAGUGUCCUGAUGGUAGAUCACACAAAGCUACACAAACUAAAUCUGCCCGAGGUAAAGCCAACAAAGGUCCUCCCACUGAUAAUCAGGAAUUUGACUUUGUAUUUCUCUUAGGGGAAUACAAAACAUUUGUCGUAUUUGAAGUCAAGGCCAGCUUCAAUCAUGCCAAGGGAAAGUGGGAGGAUCAGUUAAAACGAGCAGAACUAUUUUACAAAACAAUUAUCAAGUACAUCGGAGAUGAGGAUUACAAGGAUUGGACAUUUCUUCCAGUUGCAGCUUUUCCGAAUGCUACAGAUAUCAAACAGAUCAAAGUGUCUCGUGAUUUCUCAAGAAAAUAUCCAAAUCAUGUCAUCUUAACAGCACUAGAGAUACAGAAGGGUAAUAUCAUGGAAGAUUUGAAGAAGCACCUGGGCCCUCCCUCCCCUGUUGAAAAAACAUACACCAACAUAGUUAAUCUUUUGCUGGCAUCAGUUCAUUCUGGAAAAGCUAAUGCCACCAUAAACCUGGCUCCAUAUAACCUUGUCGAAAAAUCCAAGAAGCUACUGCUUGGGGACAAUGUUGGAGCUAUUGGCGUUGGAAUGGAUCUCAGUGAGUCCGCUGCUGAGAAGCCUAAAUUUGAUGAAACAAAAAAGAAAACUGCGGGAUCACUUACCAGUAUGCUGUUCUGGAGCCAAGACCAAGUAACAUUCCUAUCUGAUGAUCACCCUAGAACUGUAGUGUGUGGUCAGUAUGGAAGCGGGAAAACGCUUUUGUUGCUUGAGAAAAUGAGAAGAUGCUUAAGAAGAGUUAAGAAGAUGAAUGAGGAAAUAUGCGAGGAUAAUGAAGAGGUCUCUGUUGAGAAACCAAGGGCACUUUUCAUAUCAUGCCUGAGCCCAAGCCUUAAGUACAGUCGCGAUGAAUUGGGUAGGUUCAUCCCGCCGAUUUUUGAUACAACAAUUAGAGUUGCCCUAGAUGAGAUGGCCCAGACGGAGGGUUGUGAGAUUCAUUUCGAGAACGCUGAAUCUGUUUGUAAGAAGAUGAAGGUUCGUCUCUCAAAAGAGAAUUUCCAUUCCAAGCUUCCAGAGUUUAUAAAAGGUAAGGUGUCACAGUUUCAAAUGUAACUAAAUUACAAAAUAAAUAUCUAAAAAAUGAA